AAUGUCCGAGUAUGAGAGAGACGGUGGGAGGAAUAAAAGGUAAACCAACGGCUGGAAAGUAGUGCCGAGCCGAGGGGGAAGGGACCGGGAGUGACGUCUCUGAAUUUGUUGGCUUUUUUUUUUUUUUUUUUUUUUUUUUUUUUUCUUUCUUUUAGAGGAGUUGAAACCGGCGGUUGGAGGACUGGACGUGCAUCCCCUUAAACACUAACCCGCGGCUGUUGGGGAUGUGGAGAUCACAUUAGCUCACCUGGAUCAACCCCGUGUUGAUGUUCGGGUGUGUUUGGGCAUUUCAUCCGCACGGAGCUCCGCAUUCAGACCCGUUUAACAGCCGGGAGGAGCGGACAGAGCGGCGGAGGAGCUUUAAGGACUGACAGCUACGGGUACUUUGCCAUUUCUGAGACGGGGUUACGAUACCGUGGAGCUUUGGGGAAGGCGGGGCCGAUCCGGUGGGUUCCCAAACUGGAUUGCUUGGCUCUCCCUCACAGCGACGCAGCGGUUUUUUCUUCUUCUUUUGUGGGGGGCGGGGGGGUCAACGAAGGAGGCAACAACUGGGAAUAAGGGAGCUUUCUUUUCCCAACUCUUCUCUGGCCACCCUGCAGCUGACUAUAGGAGAGGUGCUUUGUCAGAUAUUCCUGUCAAACGGUCAGCUGCUCGUGGCCUCCGCCCCCCCGUCCCCCCCUCCUCCUCUAUUCUCCCAUUAGGAACAUAAUCAGUUUUGGGACGCAUAUCUUUUUUUGUGGGGUGGGGGGAUUAAUUGAUCCCCAGCCGGGGUCGGACUAUGGCGGACGACGACAUUCUCUUUGAAGAUGUGUAUGAGCUCUGCGAGGUCAUCGGCAAGGGUCCUUUCAGUGUUGUGAGGAGAUGCAUCAACAGAGAGACAGGGCAGCAGUUUGCUGUCAAAAUCGUGGACGUAGCCCAGUUUACGUCCAGUCCUGGACUCAGCACAGAAGAUCUGAAGCGGGAGGCCAGUAUCUGCCACAUGCUGAAGCAUCCCCACAUCGUGGAGCUGCUGGAGACCUACAGCUCAGAAGGGAUGCUGUACAUGGUGUUUGAAUUCAUGGACGGAGCAGACCUGUGUUUUGAGAUUGUGAAGAGGGCGGAUGCUGGCUUUGUUUACAGUGAAGCAGUGGCCAGCCACUACAUGAGGCAGAUUCUGGAGGCGCUACGCUACUGCCACGACAACAACAUCAUCCACCGAGAUGUCAAGCCUCACUGCGUGCUGCUGGCCUCCAAAGAGAACUCAGCUCCAGUCAAGUUGGGAGGAUUCGGAGUGGCGAUCCAGCUCGGAGAGUCCGGACUGGUGGCUGGAGGCCGUGUGGGAACGCCUCACUUCAUGGCCCCAGAGGUGGUGAAGAGGGAGCCGUACGGUAAACCUGUGGACGUGUGGGGCUGCGGAGUCAUCCUCUUCAUCCUGCUGUCGGGGUGUCUCCCUUUUUACGGCACCAAGGAGCGACUGUUUGAAUCCAUCUGCAAAGGCAAAUACAAGAUGAAUCCUCGUCAGUGGGGCCACAUCUCCGAGAGCGCCAAGGAUCUGGUGAGGCGCAUGCUGAUGCUGGACCCAGCUGAGAGAAUCACCGUCUACGAGGCUCUCAACCACCCCUGGCUCAAGGAGAGGGAUCGUUACGCCUAUAAGAUCCAUCUGCCGGAGACCGUGGAGCAGCUGAGGAAGUUCAACGCCAGGCGGAAGCUGAAGGGGGCCGUCCUGGCUGCGGUGUCCAGUCACAAGUUUAACUCCUUCUAUGGCGACCCUCCUGAGGAGCUCCACGAGUUCUCUGACGACCCCACCUCCUCAGGACUGCUAGCAGCCGAACGUGCUGUGUCUCAGGUGUUGGACAGUUUAGAGGAAAUUCAUGCCCUGACGGACUGCAGUGAAAAGGAUCUGGACUUCCUCCACAGCGUUUUCCAGGACCAGCAUCUACACACACUGCUCGAUCUCUACGAUAAGAUCAACACCAAGUCGUCCCCGCAGAUCCGAAACCCCCCCAGUGAUGCUGUGCAGAGAGCCAAAGAGAGUUCCUCCCAAGACGGAGCAAGUGGCGCUUUGAAACAUCUGGAAUAUGUGCUGGAAGAGAUCUCCUGCUACCCAGAAAAACACGAAGCGAAAGAACUCAGACGGAUACUGACGCAGCCACAUUUCAUGGCGUUGCUGCAGGCCCACGACGUGGUCGCCCAUGAGGUUUACAGUGACGAAGCUCUGCGGGUGACCCCUCCACCCACCUCGCCCUACCUGAAUGGAGACUCCCCAGAGAGCGCCAACGGAGACAUGGACCUGGAGAACGUUACCAGAGUCCGUCUGGUCCAGUUCCAGAAGAAUACAGAUGAGCCGAUGGGCAUCACGCUGAAGAUGAACGACACAAACCACUGCAUCGUUGCAAGGAUAAUGCACGGAGGGAUGAUCCACAGACAAGGAACGUUGCAUGUUGGAGAUGAGAUCAGGGAAAUCAACAACAUCAGUGUGGCCAACCAGACUGUUGAGCAGCUGCAGAAGAUGCUGAGGGAGAUGAGAGGCAGCAUCACCUUCAAAAUAGUCCCGAGUUACCGGACGCAGGGCUCCUCGUGUGAGAAAGAGUCCCCCACCACAUCCAGGCAGUCCCCUUCCAAUGGCCACUCCAGCAUUAACAGUUCUAUCCUGGACCUGCCAUCUACAAUCCAGCCCAAGGGCCGUCAGAUUGUUUCCAGACCUCCAAUCAAGGACAAAAUGUCAGUUAAGAUAUUUGUGAGGGCCCAAUUUGAAUAUGACCCCUCCAAAGAUGAACUUAUCCCUUGCAAGGAGGCGGGAAUUCGUUUCCGCGUGGGCGACAUCAUCCAGAUCAUCUCCAAGGACGACCACAACUGGUGGCAGGGCAAGCUGGAGAACACGAAGAACGGCACGGCGGGCCUCAUCCCGUCGCCAGAGCUGCAGGAGUGGCGGGUGGCAUGCAUCGCCAUGGAGAAGACCAAGCAGGAGCAGCAGGCCAGCUGUACCUGGUUUGGCAAGAAGAAGAAGCAGUACAAAGACAAGUAUUUGGCAAAGCACAACGCAGUGUUUGAUCAACUAGAUCUCGUCACGUAUGAGGAGGUUGUGAAGCUUCCUGCUUUUAAGAGGAAAACACUAGUUUUGUUAGGCGCUCAUGGUGUGGGAAGAAGACACAUUAAGAACACACUCAUAACCAAACACCCCGACAGAUUUGCCUACCCCAUCCCACACACCACCAGACCUCCAAAGAAGGAUGAGGAGAAUGGGAAGAACUACUACUUCGUUUCUCACGACCAGAUGAUGCAGGACAUCAGCAACAACGAGUACCUGGAGUAUGGCAGCCACGAGGACGCCAUGUAUGGCACGCGGCUGGAAACCAUCAGGAAGAUCCACCAACAGGGACUGGUUGCUAUACUGGAUGUUGAACCUCAGGCCCUGAAGGUCCUCCGGACAGCGGAGUUUGCCCCCUACGUCAUCUUCAUCGCUGCACCAACCAUCACGCCAGGCAUCAAUGAGGACGAGUCACUGCAGCGGCUGCAGAAAGAGUCGGAGAUCCUACAGAAGACCUACGCCCACUACUUCGACAUGACCAUCAUCAACAAUGAGAUCGACGACACCAUCAGGCACCUGGAGGAGUCCAUGGAGGUGGUGUGCACCACCAGCCAGUGGGUCCCCGUGUCCUGGGUCUACUGACCAGCUACAGCAGCGUGGCCAAACUCUUUCUCUUAAAAAAAAACAAAAACUCUUCAGACCACGUGAUGGGAACUUUUCUCUACACUGCACUCUAUGAACAAACCCCUCGGUGUUCUGUGAAAGCAACCACAGCAUUCACCUGAAAUCCUCCUUUACGCUGCACACAACCUGAAACAGCUCAGCGUCGGACUCUGGCCCUCGCGGACGACCUAGUCAUAGUGUUGUAUAAAAUCAGAGUAAACAAAAAAUGAAUAUUGUCAUGUCUGUACUAGCUAGAAGGCAACAUUUUUGUAGAUGUUUGUUUUAAAGAGACAGUACUGCGUCCCGUCCUUUCAUGUAGGUGCACUCCAAGCCCCCCCCCCCAAUCACACUGUAGUCCUGCUGGGUGUUAUAAACCACCUUUUACUAAGACAAUGUCAGUGGAUUUUUUUCUUUUUUUAGGUAAAAGCACACAAACACUGCAAUGUCUUCUCGUCUGUAGAUCCUGCCAGCAUCCCUCAUUCAUUCCUGUUCUAAGCUUUAAAGCUGGGUUACUCCCUCUCGUCUAUCCUGUUAUCCCUCGGUACAGUUGCAGUAUUUCCCCACACAUGCACCUACCAGGUACUGUCUCUUCUAAAUGAAUUCAUACAUGUUUUAUAAAUCUGAAUGAGGUUAUCAUGCAUGUGAACAUUUGCGAGCUUCCAUGCUGUCAGUCAUUGUUCCCAGUGUCCCUCUGUGACCCUCCAAGAAAGAAAAGACUAAAAUAUCCAUAAAAAUUAAAAACAUUCCAGUUAAAAAAAUAAACUCAACCAAGUCAGAAGUGGCAAAAAAAAAACAAAACCUUAACAAUGAUGGAGCUGGACGUUGAUUCGACGCCUGUGCACAUCCCCUUGAGUUUCGGGUGACAUUUCUAAACCACAGAUUUAUAGCAGGAUCGACCAUGUAAGUGAGAUGUGUUUGUAAGAAAAAAAAAUUCAAAGUAUUGAUUAUUUUUUUUUCCUCUUUGAUUUGUCAUACAUAAAUAAAUAAGAAAAAAAUGCCUGAUCUCUCAUUUGCCAUUUCAGAAAUGUGAUGUCCAGGAGUACUAGUGUUUAAAAGUCCAGAGAUGAAAUGUUCAUGUUGAUUUGAAACUAAAUGCAAAGCAAGUGUAAACGUUACUUCAUCCAAAGGUGAAGACUUUGCAGCAAGAGGCGACAGUGUGUGCAACUGAAUAACCACAAUAUGUGAAUACAACAGACUGAUGAACUGCCCCAUGUGUAAAUGGCUCUGCAAUGAUGGAGUUCUUCGAAAUUAAUUUUUUAAAUACAUUUCCUUUCGUGUGUUGGAAAAAACA